AUGCUCGGCGCAGCAACGGCUCUUCCUCAUUCUCUUAAGUCCCGACAGGCCUCAGGCUCCCAGAGCGUUGUCUAUUGGGGCCAGAAUGGCGGUGGUACGAUCGAGAACAACGACCUCUCGACUUAUUGUACCGCCGACGCCGGCAUUAACAUAAUUGUCCUAGCUUUCUUGUAUUCAUGGGGCAGCGGGAGUGACAUCCCUUCUGGCACGGUCGGCCAGUCGUGCUUCAUUAGUAACUCGGGUGAAGGACAAAACUGCGAUGCCUUGUCCGCAGCCAUCAAAACAUGCCAAGGGGUCGGGAUAAAGGUUAUCCUAUCAUUGGGAGGUGCUACUGCCUCUUACUCUCUGUCUUCGCAAGACCAGGCAGAGUCUAUUGGGGAUUACCUUUGGCAGGCAUACGGAAACUCUGGAAACUCAAGCGUACAACGACCUUUUGGCGACGUUGUCAUUGACGGUUUCGACUUUGACUUAGAAGUCAACAGAGGAAGCGAAUACUACCAGCAUAUGAUAUCUCAACUUCGCUCUAACUUCGAGUCUGACUCCUCUCACACAUACUACAUCACCGGUGCACCUCAAUGCCCCAUCCCUGAGCCGAACAUGGGUGUGAUCAUCGGCAACUCUACGUUCGAUUACCUAUGGCCACAGUUCUACAACAACAACAACUACACUUAUCCAUGUGCUCUUCCCGUCAACGGCAAUGCACCAUUUAACUACGACCAAUGGGUAGAGUGGACAGCCGACACCCCUUCGGCCGAUGCCAAGAUCUUCAUCGGCGUCCCGGCCGCUCCGCUAGCUGCUAACGGCGCACCAACUGGAGAGACAUACUACGCAACACCUGAACAGCUCGCAGACAUUGUUAACGACUAUAAGAGUAACUCCAGGUUUGGUGGCGUGAUGAUGUGGAGUGCUGGCUUCUCGGACUCCAAUGUGAACAAUGGCUGCACUUACGCUCAGGAGGUCCACAGUAUCUUGGAAUCUGGAUCCCCUUGUUAA